AUGAAUAUGUUGGAUGAUGAAGAUGACCAAAGCUUUCACGCUACGCGUUACGGCUACUCCCAUUUGAGCGAUGUCGAAUGGGAUGCGGUUGAACGAAUGGGUUCGACCAUGGGCAUCCAUGCUGUUAGCGUCAUGCUAGAGGCUCUCAAUAGAGAUGCCCAACAUGCUACUAUCGCCAAGUUCAUUCAAAAUGAACUUGACGCUGAACGCGAGAAAGUAGCCUUGCUUCACCAACAAGGUUCUCAACAAGCAGAGUUGUUGAGAGAACAGGGUGCUCAACAGUUUGAACUGUUGAGACAGCAGCAGGCUGCUGCUGGCGGGUCGAUGCACUCGCGUCGGCCCGAGACUUUGAAGAUUGACAUCUCAAAGUAUAGGGGGGUCGAAGAAGACUCCCUCUUGAGAUGGUUCGUCGAAUUGGAUGACGCCAUAAGGGCGCGUCGCAUCGACGACGGGGAUAUGCAAGUUGCAUUUGCCCAGUCAAAUCUGGCAGGGCGUGCCAAGACUUGGGCACUGGGGAUCAAGUUGCACGACCCAUAUGCGUUUGGGUCGUUGGAAGUCUUCAAGUCGCGGCUCAGACAAACGUUUGAACCGCCUAGAGCUGAGUUCAGGGCUCGAACCGAACUCUUGAAGCUCAAUUAG